CUCCGCAGAGCAUUCAGAAGCAUCCGGAACGCUCUGCCUCAGAUCUUCUACGUCUUCCUGCUCUUCAUGUUCAGCCUCCUCAUGUUCUCCCUCAUGGCCCUCAAGCUGCUGGGCAAACGGAUGCCUGCGUACAACUCCAGCACUGUUUUCACCAUUUUCUUCAUUGUGUACAUCCUCAUCAACACAUACAUCUUCAUGUCUGUCUUCUUGGCUGUUGUUUACAACAACUACAAAAAAUACCUGAAGGCAAAGUGGCGUUCGUCCAGCUGGCCGACCUCCUGAACAUUGAAGUAAUCACACUCAAGUCUAGACCACACCCCCUUCAAAGUUUGGUUCCCAAGAUCUACCAGUCGGCCCCCAGCCGCCUCCUCUGCAGACUGGUCCAACACAGAGGCUUUGUUAUUGCUUUCGACCUGAUCAUUCUGGUGAAUGCUGUGUUCAUCGGGCUGGAUGAGGAGAAUCCCAUGAUUUCGAAUUCUGAAUGGGUUUUCCUGACCCUCUAUGUGCUGGAGAUCCUGCUGAAGCUGUACGUGUGUGAGCCCAGGGCUUUUUUCUCCAGACACAGCUUUUGGAACUGGUUUGACACCAUCAUUGUUGUUUCAGCUCUUAUUGCCACCAUCAUAAACUCCGCCUUGAAGUCAUCGGGAGGAUACACCAGCCGACAGAUCCUGGACAUUGUCUUCAUCCUGCGAGUCCUCAGACUGAUCCGAGUGGUGGACAGCAUCCAAAGAUUUCGUACAAUCAUCAAUACACUGAUCAGAAUUGGACCAGCCAUUCUCACAUUUGGACAGCUCAUUAUUGUGGUCUUCUACAUCUUUGCCAUGGUGGGGAUGGAGCUCUUUAAGCACAAAGUGAAGUUUUAUGAGGACCACAAUGAGCCAUCAAAGUUAUAUUGUGGAAACCCUCUGCUGAAUAAUACAGCCUUCGCACAACUGAACUACUGCAAGAACAACUUCAACAACGUGGUGUCGUCCUUCAUCCUGCUGGUGGAGCUCACCGUGGUUAACCAGUGGCAUGUGCUUAGUGAUGGUUUUGCCACCAUUACACAUGUGUCAGCCAGGAUCUUCUUUGUCCUCUUCCACAUUCUGGUUGUAAUUAUCAUUGUCAAUAUCUUCGUAGCGUUUGUUCUUGAGGCAUUCUUUGUGGAGUACUCCAUGGAUAAAAACGACCUACAGACAUCUCUAGAGAAGAAAAUUGAGGAACUGGAGCUUGCUGUGGCACAGGAGAAACUUGAGGACAACUUGGUGAAUAAUAUGGAAACCAUUGACAACGACCUGGGAACUGGGCAGCCAUCGACAACAGCCAAACUACCAAACCUAAUGUUUAAAAUCGCUUCAAAAAGAUACCGGACAGUGGACGCUUUGCUGCAGCGAAUGUUCGAAGAAGAUCUUGACCCUGAAGAUUUCGCUGAGACAGAUGAACCAGAAGCUCAGACUAGAAGCUUCCCAAAUCCAGGAUUUGGCUCUACAUAAACAUUAAUGUACAAAUAUAAAGAAAAGCAGAUACUAUUGUAUUUAUAUACAUGUAUGAAGUUUCACAAGUGUUGUGCCACAGAUGGUAAAAUUCGAUGCUUAUUCCAGAGAAAUGUGUCAACUGAUCAGGUCAUGAUCUAAGAGUUUUCAGUAUUUUACUUUUUAUACGUCUUUGGUGUAGUUCUGUGUAAAACACAAAAUAAAUAUGCAUUUUCACAUGAGAUAUUUA